AUGGACGAGGAGCGUUCUUCAGGCUCCGACGCCAUUUUGGGGGAUUUUCUUACACAAGUGAUGUCUACAGAACAGUCAGACACGCAUCAUGAGCAAGAUGUACAUAAAGGUGCAAUGAAAUCUCGUAAGCGAGAUGCACUUAAUAAUGAACAUUCGUCGCAAGAUACCCAUAAGUGGGGAGACGAUGAUUCUCUGGGGACUAGCGCAAGGGUGCUAGAUUGCGUAAUUACGCAAGAGACUCAUGAGAAACAAGAUCGUGUUAACAACACUGAAUUUGUGACAGAGACUAUGUUUAAGAAAUUCAUGGUCGACCAAAAUCUGGCGAUGCUUGCCAUGAAAAAAUCUUUGGAUGCAAUUAACAAUAUGAUUUAUGUGGAAGCAGAGUCGACAGAUGAGAGUGAUUCGGAUUUGGUAAAAAAUUCAGCCAAAAGAAAGUCUGAAAACGUUACAGAAAAUGCGUCAAAAAAGGCUAAGAUCAGCAGCGAGUCAGAGUCGACCGCGCGUGGAAAAUUACCCGCUGUCAGUCAAAAGGAGGCGGGGCCUUCAGACUUGGGCGGAUGUGACGUAGAAGGAAACAAAAAUGGCGGCUCGGAUAAACAUGAGGAAGAUCUGUUUGCGGUUUCCAACUAUAUUGUAGAGGAAAAAACGUCAGAUGGUGUUGCUACUAAAUUGGCAGACUUAGUUAAUAAGUUUUUAGUUAACAAACUCGAGGAUUCGAAGAAAAAUGACUUAUUUCAAUUUGAUAAGCAUUUACGACCUGAGAACUGUAAGUUGGAAUUUCCUCGAGUGAAUGAUUUUGUGUGGAAUUACUGCAUGAACGAAACUACGAGAUCGACGGAUGUUAAGGUACAUAAAAUUCAGAAAACCUUAUUAAAAGGACUUGGUCCGGUGAUCAAAGUGGUAGAUAGUUUGCUGAAACCUAACAAUGACUUUGACAAAAACAAAGCUGCAAAAGAUCUACUCGAUGGCGUGGCCAUGUUGGCCUCUGCUAAUACUGAGAUUUCUUUGCACAGAAAAGCGUGUAUUAAAAACAACAUGAAACAAGAAUAUAAGAAACUGUGCACAAGUCAGACUGAAAUCACAGCAUACUUGUUUGGUGAUGAUGUGGUUGACAAAAUGAAAAACAUUACUGAACAUAACAAAAUGGCAAACAAGGUAGCGUAUGAAGACAAAAGCUCCAAAACGAGAAUGAAAUUCAAUCCUCGCCUAAAGUUCAAAGAAAGAGCUAAAACAAAUUUUUUAGGGAGAGGACCCCAGCACUACCAGCUGGGGAAUUACAGCAGGAACUACCACCACAACAAUCACGACACAAAGAAAAGCUACACGAAGAAAUCUGCGUCCCACCAGAAGUAGAGAAGGUAGGUGACAUUCAACAUGCUGGGCGAAUUAGCCAUUUUCUACCUGUGUGGAAAUCUAUUACACAAGAUAGAUACAUCCUUGAUGCUGUCAAAGGAUA